ACGUCACAGCAGCUUCCAUUUAGUUGAAUAUUUGCGAGCAAUAACAGCGCUCCUUCCGUUUCAUUCUCUCUCUCUCUCUCACAUUCAAUUCAAUAUGGCCUCUGCAACUCGGCCUCUGGCGCUCUCUCUCAACCUCCCUGCCCUCACAGUCCCGAAACGUCGCACAAAGCACCGAUUAUACCAAUCCUCCAUGUCCGCCGCCCUCGGCCGCUGCUCCUCCGCCGUUUUCCGGCCACAUUGGCCUCGCCGCAGGCGACCUUCGGACUCGAGCAGUUCCGCCUACAUAACCGGCCCGCCGUCCGAUCCGAUUGUGGCCGAUGACUAUCCGAAACUGGACGUCUCGAGGAGCGACGGCGAAAGCAUACAGUCACCGCCUAAAGCGAUAAGUUGGGGCCUCCUUUCCAGUCUUCUGCUUCAGCAUAAGUUCAGACUUGCUGUUUCUGUUGUCACUCUUGCAGGAUGCACUUCUUGCACUCUCGCAAUGCCCUUCUUCUCUGGGAGAUUUUUUGAAGUGCUUAUAGGGCCAACAGCUGAGCCUCUGUGGAAUGUUCUUGGUAAGGUUGGAGUUCUAUAUGUAUUGGAGCCAGUUUUCACGAUUAUUUUUGUUGUAAACUUGAACACUAUAUGGGAGAAGGUUAUGUCGAACCUAAGAGCUCAGAUGUUUCAAAGAGUAUUGAUUCAAAAGGUGGAGUUUUUUGACAAAUACAAGGUUGGUGAACUUACUGCACUCAUAACAUCUGAUUUGGGUUCUCUUAAAGACAUCGUGAGUGAAAACAUAUCAAGGGAUCGUGGAUUCAGGGCACUUUCAGAGGUUGUUGGAACAAUAUGCAUCCUGUUUAAUCUAUCCCCCCAACUCGCGCCACUUCUUGGGCUACUUAUGCUUACAGUAUCUGUUUUAGUUGCUGUAUACAAGCGAUCAACAGUGCCUAUUUUUAAAGCUCAUGGUAUGGCCCAAGCUUCUAUAGCAGAUUGUGUAAAUGAAACUUUUUCUGCCAUCCGUACUGUAAGAUCCUUUAGUGGAGAAAAACGACAAAUGUCAAUAUUUGCCAGCCAGGUUGUUGCUUAUCGGACUAGUGGCAUUAAGCUAGGGACUUUCAAAUCCUUGAAUGAAUCUCUGACUAGAAUUGCAGUUUAUAUUUCUUUAAUGGCCUUGUAUUGUCUUGGGGGCAGCAAAGUAAAGGCGGGUGAACUAUCUGCAGGCACAGUAGUUUCUUUUAUUGGAUACACAUUCACAUUAACUUUUGCCGUCCAAGGGCUGGUUAACACACUUGGAGAUCUCCGAGGAGCUUUUGCUGCCACAGAGAGGAUAAACUCUGUUUUUGCUGGGGCUGAAAUUGAUCAAGCCUUGGCGUAUGGUCUUGAAAGAGAUAUCAAGCAUCAAAAACUUCAUGACAAGUAUUUUGAAUUGUUUUCUCUAUAUGGUCCUGAUAAGAAUAAUCAAUCCCUUAAUAUGCAUUACAUGUCAGCUUUGAAAUCAAAUAACAAGGUGGGAAGCCUAGCAUGGUCUGGUGAUGUCUGUCUUGAAGAUGUGCACUUUUCUUAUCCUUUGAGACCCGAUGUUGAGGUCUUGAAUGGUCUUAAUUUAACAUUAAAAUGUGGAACUAUUACUGCUCUGGUGGGGUCUAGUGGUUCAGGGAAAAGUACGAUAGUACAGCUAUUGGCACGCUUCUAUGAGCCAACCAGAGGUCACAUUACAGUUGCAGGAGAGGAUGUGCGAACAUUUGACAAGAGUGAAUGGGCACGGGCUGUCUCCAUGGUGAAUCAGGAACCUGUUCUCUUCUCGGUGUCUGUUGGAGAAAACAUCGCGUAUGGGCUCCCAGAUGACUCCGUAUCAAAGGAUGACGUGAUAAAGGCAGCAAAAGCUGCAAAUGCUCAUGAUUUCAUAAUUUCCCUCCCACAGGGUUAUGACACACUUGUCGGUGAGCGCGGAGGUCUACUGAGUGGAGGACAAAGGCAGAGAAUUGCCAUUGCAAGGGCUUUGCUCAAGAAUGCACCAAUUCUAAUACUUGAUGAGGCUACAAGUGCAUUGGAUGCCGUCAGUGAGCGUCUAGUUCAGAAUGCUCUAAACCGCUUGAUGAAGGGAAGAACAACAUUAGUCAUUGCCCACCGAUUAAGCACAGUUCAGAAUGCACAUCAAAUCGCUCUUUGUUCGGAAGGAAGGAUUGCAGAGCUGGGGACUCACCUUGAGUUAUUAGGCAGGAAAGGUCAAUAUGCUUCUCUGGUUGCCACACAGAGGCUGGCGUUUGAGUGACCACGAUGCUUCCCUCAUUGUUAACAAAUACAAAUCGCUAAGUGACACGGGUAAGACAUUCAAUUUUGUCUACAAGCUUGAAAGCAGAGAUCACAAAAUGUUGUUGGAUGAGAUGAUGAGUUGAAAACAGACAGAUAGACAGACAGUUUAUUGGUAACAAGAUUUCCCCUUUCUCCUUUUGUUUCGUUUUUUCUCCUUUUAUUGGCAAAAUGUUGUUAGAUAAGGGAAAUGAAUUUGUCCGUUUGACCCUGGCUUGCUUGCAGGUAAUAAUUUGGUGCCCACUUUGGUAGCACAAGUGGGAGCGCGUGGAAAAAAUUUUCAGUUGAAUUGGGCGAAAGGUUGACGUUUUGGACCCUGUUUGGCUGCCCAGACGAUGGGAGGAAAGUAGAAAGAAUGUUCGAUGAUGACUUUCUUUCUCGGCCACCAAUCAGGACAACGUUAGACAAGCUUGCUUCUUCCUGGAUCGGCUUCUAGUUGAGCAACUCUUUUCCUCCUUUCUAUCUUUGAGACUUUGACACUGAAAACUGAAAAAUGUUCCCUUCGUAAUUAUACACCCCGCAAGACAUAUUUAUCAUUGUAAUGCUAUUUUAUGACAAAAAAAUUCUAUAUAUAUAAGGUUUGCUUAGAUUACAUCA